CGGCCGCCAACCUGAAACACAAACGAGCGAAAUUUUAAACGCCAUUACAGACAUCCCGAGUUUCCCGACUUUUUUUUAUUGGGAUUUCCCCAGUUGAACAAUCCCCACCGCGGCGCACAGAGCUAUGUAGGAAAUGUGCUUAGGUUAGAAUUAUCAAAAUAAAGCAGUCGCAGGAUUUAAAAAUAAACAAUGUUGAAAUAACUUCUUGCCACCUAUCAAACACGCAGAAAACGCGUUUUCGUGCGAUGAUGAACCGAGUAAUCACGUCUCUGGGGUAGGAAAAUUAUAUAACACAACAGAUCCACAACAGAAAAAUGCCAGGAAAAGUAAAAGUGAAGAUCAUCUCAGGCAGGAAUCUGCCUGUGAUGGACAGAUCCAGUGAUACAACUGAUGCCUAUGUCGAAAUCAAGUUGGGUACAACCACUUUCAAAACUGAUGUGUGCAGAAAAUCACUACAUCCACAAUGGAAUUCAGAAUGGUACAGAUUUGAGUUGGAUGAUGCUGAAUUACAAGAUGAACCCUUGCAAAUCCGCCUCAUGGACCAUGACACAUACUCUGCAAAUGAUGCCAUAGGCAAGGUAUACCUAGACUUGAAUCCCCUGCUCUUGCCUGUCACUAGUCUCCUUGGAAAAUGGAAUGAUGGUGGAAAUUCCUGUCAUGAAGGCAACAGUUCAGUAAUGAGUGGCUGGAUACCAGUCUAUGAUACAAUGCAUGGCAUUCGUGGUGAGGUAAAUGUUGUAGUCAAAGUGGAACUCUUCACAGACUUCAAUAAAUUCAGACAAUCAUCAUGUGGGGUGCAAUUUUUCUGUUCACCUGCAAUCCCACAUGGAUUCUAUGCUCAAGUAAUUCAUGGCUUUGUAGAAGAGCUAGUAGUGAAUGACGAUCCAGAAUAUCAAUGGAUAGAUAAAAUCCGCACACCUAGGGCGUCGAAUGAAGCACGACAGACGUUAUUUUGUAAAUUAUCCGGCGAAUUACAGCGGCGUAUUGGUUUAAAAGCAUUGGAAAUGGGUGGAAAUGCUGUCAUUGGUUAUAAUCAAUGUUUUGACUUGGAGGGCGAGUCGGGAAUCGUCGCCAGAGGCAUAGGUACUGCUGUAUCUCUAGUAAAAAUCAUGGAUUUACCAUCGCCGUCACCAAACAACGAAAACAUUAAUGACGAGCGCGCACAGAGUUACCUUAAGUUUCUCGGCUCGGCGAAGGGCUUUUAUCUCAAUAAUAAUUCUAAUAUAAUUACUGACAAGCUCAAAUCCCAAUUAUAUUCAAUCCCAUCACCGACCGCGUCUUUCCGAUCACUGAAAGCUGAAAAACGCAUCCUUAAACCGGAAAUAAUGCCGCCAUUUCUCACGCGACACUUAUCCGAUCGCGAAUUUAACUAUCCAUUACCCAUCGGUCCAGAAUCCAUGAUGCAACACAGUGUUUCCCUUCAAACUUUACUCAAACAAGAAGAUCAGAGAGGAAGAACCGGGUCUGGAAUAUCCCAAAGGUUUAGGAAUUUAAAAUACACGUCACAGAAUAUGAUCACUCGGAAAAUGACCGCGUUGAAAGCCAAGUUGGGUAAUGACGACAACGAAAGUGAGGGUAAACGAAUUUUGAUGCGAUACAGACGUACGCAGAGUGAUAAUACAGGCAUGGCGGAGAUUCUAGUGCGGUCUGUGUUCCACGCCACGACUAGUCUUGAUUGUAUAGCUGAGUCUCCGAAACCCAGCUCGGAUGAAGAGAUCAGGGAUAGAUCUUUUCUUUCGUUACCAAGUCCCAUUGCAAGGUCAUCACCUGCAUCGUCUUGUAAUUCAUGCAAUGAAAGCUCUUCGAGUGCGGAUGAUGAUGAUGAGGAUGAUGACGAAGAUGAAGAGGAAGAAGAAGCAACUGGUGAUGUUAUCGGGGAGUUGGAUACAGUCAGCCAUAUUGUGGAAACUGUUCGGAAACUAAGCAUGAUCCAAACCCCGAUUGAAAAUGAGUUGGAAUACGACGAGAAUAAAUUUUUAUUCGUGAUUGGUGACGCGGAUGACCAACCGGAUGUGUCUUUCGAUGGGGAUCUUGAUGAUGACGCUAAUUUGUUGUAUUAUCAAGAGGCAGAUGAUGAGAAAUCAUCGGAGGUGUUCCUCCCGCAGUUUGCGAAGAGUUUCGAAAAGAUGCGCAAAUCAACCACGGCGAAUUCAUUAUCCGGCGUGGAUAUACACCCCGAUGAGGAUCAGAAGCCGCUGAAUAAGAAAUUCACAUCGUUGCAUAAUUUCUACGCGUCUGAGUCACGCUGGAAUAAGUAUUCCGCGCACGGCGGGAAGGAAACCGUGCUGGGGGAGUUGUUUCGGUGGAUCGAUAGUGCACAUCCGCUGUCGGAGACGGAUUCGGAAUUUGAUAGCCGCAUGAGUGUUGCUGACACUGGACAAGAAGCGUCAAGUGUUAAGACAUCGCAAGAUUUCCCUAAGGACAAUGUGACAACUGAUCUUUCAAAAGAGGAUGAGAAUAGUGCGGGGUUAAAACGUACAAAGCCGUUGAAAUUGUUUGUUGCGCCUCAUGGGGAGGACACAAUCGAGAGCGGAAUUAAUAAAACGAAAGAAACGACGAAAGGGUUUCUACCCAAGAAAGUCCUGCAGGUUUUACAUAAAUUAGAUUCCAAAUUACAUCACAAAUCAAAAAAAUCUAAGAAAAAAGAAUUAAAAUCUGAGAAAACUACAGAAAGUCAUUUUGAAGCACAUCCGCAGGUUCCACACCUCCCUGGACACUCCCAUGUCUUAGAUUUGGAAGAAUCUGAUAAACAUGGACUUGUAGAUAGUCCUUCCAUGAGUUUAUCACAUAUUUCCCAACAAUCUUCUGGAAGUGACGAGCAUAAACACGGAUUACUGCACAAAUUAAAAGAGGGUAAAGAUAAACUCUUGCAUGCGCCUGCGGAGUUACUCCAUCGACUGGAUUCGAAGAUUCAUGAUCAUGGUGCGAUCAAACACGAACAUGGUUUAUUGAAUAUUGCAUUGGGGAAUGUCCUGAUGGAUACUAUGCAGGAGGUUUUGGUUACGUCACAUACAGCCUCACCAAAUGAUAAACCACCAGAGUUUCCGCAUUUUGAAACUCCUUUGGAAGCAGAAGAGGUCAAAAAAGAAGUUUCAGGUGAUCAAAAUAAAAAAUUAGAGGAGACUUUAUCGGAACACUCUGUAGGAACUAAUGGUCAUAAGCAUAGUCUACUUGAUAAGUUAAAAGAAGGCAAAGAUAAACUGAUUCAUAGUAUAGAUACAAAAAUUCAUCAUCAUCAUCAUCAUCAUGAAGGGGAAAUAAAAAAUGAACAUGGUUUAUUAAAUAUUGCGCUGGGGAAUGUUUUAAUGGACAGUAUGCAGGAGGUUUUGGUUACGUCACAUACAGCUUCACCAAAUGAUAAACCACCAGAGUUUCCACACUUUGAAACUCCUUUGGAAUCAGAAGAGGUCAAAAAAGAAGUUUCAGUUGAUCAGAAUAAAAAAUUAGAGGACACUUUAUCGGAACACUCAGUAGGAACUGAUAGUCAUAAGCAUAGUUUACUUGAGAAACUAAAAGAGGGUAGAGAUAGACUCCUACAUGGCCCCAAAGAGUUGAUUCAUAGUAUUGAUACAAAAAUUCAUCAUCAUCAUGAAGGGGGGAUAAAAAAUGAGCAUGGUUUAUUAAAUAUUGCACUGGGAAAUGUCCUGAUGGAUAGUGUACAAGAUGUGCUUGCGACUUCACAUACAGCGUCACCUAAUGAUAAACCACCGGAAUUCCCACAACCACAAUUCGAUUUAGAUAAAUCUGUUGAAGAACCACCUCAGACCCAUGUUCCGCAUAUGCCUAAUCAUUCUCAUGUACUAGAAUUGGAUGAUUUGAAGAAAGAACCUUCAAUUGAACACCAUGAACACCAAGAGGAAACUUUACCAGAAUAUUCAACAGCAAAUGAUGACCAUAAACAUGGUUUACUUGACAGAUUAAAAGAAGGCAGAGAUAAACUGUUUCAUUUGGGUCAACACCAUCAAAAUGCAGGAGGGAUAAAAAAUGAACAUGGUUUAUUAAACAUAGCCCUCGGAAAUGUCUUAAUGGACAGUGUCCAAGAUGUUUUAGCUACGUCAACACCAAGUCCCACAGCGGGUACACCAGAAUUUCCUGUAUCAACCCCAGAACUUCCUCAUUCCCAUAUUUUGGAAAUAAACCAAACUGAAGAAUCAACAAAACCCGAUGAAACUGCAGAUCGCAGGCAUAGUAUCCUCGACAAAAUAAAAGAAAGCAAAGAUAAACUCCUUCUCAAAAUAGACAAUAAACUUCACCACCCAGACCCAGGGAUCAAAAAUGAACACGGUCUCCUAAACAUUGCCCUAGGAAAUGUCCUAAUGGACAGCGUCCAAGAAGUCUUAGCUACAUCAUCUUCACCAACCACAGAAUCUCCGAAAUUUACCCCCACUCCAAAAUCCCCAGACCUGCCUACGACAUCUUCUAAUUUACUAUCAGAACAAACUGACAAGCAACUAAGUACUAAUUCUCUCGCCAGCCGCCCGCUCAACACGCAAAUUGACGGCGGCGAUCAUGAUUGCAUUAAUACAACGCAUGCUUGCUUAACCACCCCUAGGCACGUAGAAACCACACCGGUACCACUCAACCCCACGCCGACCGCAGCCAGCGACAGCCGUAAUGGUGAGAAUGGCCAUCAACGCACGGAAUCUUUAGGCGUGCGGAUUGCUCACUCGCCUGCCAAACUCAACGCCAUACCCUGUAUACACCGGCGGUCAUCUGACUCAGACCUGAGUAUUACACCUAAAGGAAUCCUGAGGAAAAGAAAUAGUCUGACUGGAAGUGACCGUUCGGGAGGAUAUUCGAGCGGGCAGUAUAUGCGCGGCGCCAUGUUGCGGACGACGCGACCACAGGAGAAUUUCGACAUAAUGGAAUAUCCUUUUCUCACGCUCUCCAAGUACCCGCCGGGAUUUAUUGCGCACAUAGGUGGUUCUGUGAGCGCGCGCUCGGUGAAACUCUUAGAACGCAUAACGAAUCUCGAGGAGCCUGAAUCUCGUGACACGUGGUGGUCGGAGAUCCGCAUGGAGAUCAGAUCCCACGCACGUGCACUUAAUUGUAACGCUGUUUUAGGCUACACAGAAAGUACCAGUAUUUGCGAUGAUGUUUGUGUCUUGAGCGCUAGUGGAACCGCUGCGGUGUUGGGUUUCCAACACACAUCAACAACCGGGGAAUCUGCUGAUAACGUAGGGGGUUUACCAAUUCUACCAAAAAAUAAUACGAAUUCAAUGACCACAUCAUUAGACCGGAAUGAUUUCGAAAAAGAUAAAGACAAAGAUCGGGAGAAUAAAGAAAAACCCAAAGUUGAACACCCUACCAUGUGUACAACCAAACCCAAAACAGUACCAACUGUAAACGGGGCAAAUACAAGCCCAGAACGUGAAUCAACUCAACACUUGAAACCCGCCUGCUCGAUUACACAUCUGCCCUACGUCUCGAAUUCAAAACCGCUGAGAUCUUCUUCGAUUAAAUGUUGCACAUGCGGCGCGUAUAAAGUCCCUGAUAUGCUCAUUGCUACCAUUGAAAUACCUGAAGGUAUGCCCAAUUUCGGCAGGGGUUGUUUCAUUCAAUCGUACGUGUGUAGACCAUUGAAGGACCUCAAAGGCGAAUCGAACGCCAAGGAAAUUUCUGAUGGCCUACCAUUUCUCGAAUACGAACUACAUCGAUUCCUCAUAAAUAAAUUAAAAGUCAAAGGAAUGAAUGCGAUUUUCGGACUUAAAGUACGCAUAUCCAUCGGGGAGCGUAUGUUAAUCGGUAUUGCAACCGGAACAGCAGUGUUCCUUUCAUCAUUACCCCCACCACUGCUUCCUAAACUAGUCUCGGAUCGUACGACUGAUGAGAAAAAACUAACACAACUUCAAAAGGACCUGCAUGAUACGAUUAAACGAAAUAGGGAGAUUUAUCAACUUCGAUCGAUAGAAGAAGUUAAUGGUGAGUCUAAUAAAUUACUCUCAGAAUCAGAUGGGUCUGAAGAUGAAACACCUGGAUUAGACUUAGCUGUAGGCAACAAAGACUGUUGCAUACUAGAAGUGGAUGAUCCCGAUGAUGCAGACGUAUUAAAAUCCGUCCUGGAGCCAAGACCACCUGAUGGUUUUCAUGUAGUAAAUACCGAACAUGUACCAGGUUUAGAAGAUUUGGAAAUCGUCAAGAAUCUACAAAUGUUCACACAAAUCUGGCGUGCGAAAAUCCCACCACCUUUCGAUUUAGACAAACAUUUCCAUCGACUCCUACAGAGUGUUUACUUCAAACUAAGACGUAUGAUACCCUGCGCUCUAUGCGAUCUACAAUUUCGUGUGGACUCACCGGAACCAGACGAGAUACAAUUAUGUGUCGUUGGGAUGGCCCUAGGUCUAGGAGAUCCGUUAAGAAACGCCAAGAAACGAAAAACUGUCAUAACGAAACGUGUUGAUGAUGAUUUGAUCUUUAAUUUGGAAGAGGAUCAAAUCCCGGAACAUAGUGUUGCGCAAACACCACCAACUACACAUCUUUUGCAGACCCAAUCGUUGAAACAUCGCCAAAAAUCCCCAAUUCGCAAUAAAUUGCUAACGAAGCAACGCCACGUCCCGUACCGAGAGCGACACGGCGUUGACAUAACACCAUUGUCCUAUGUCCCCGGUGGAAAAAUCGAGAAAUACCUCGGGAAUUUAAACUUUUUCUUCAUACGCGAAACAACUUCACUACGAGAGGAAGGUGGUCUGAGUGGAUUCGUACAUAGUUUUGUGACGGAAAUUUUGGCGAUUGUUCGAGCGCACGUCACAGCACUGGGCGGCAAUGCAAUGGUGGCGUACUUCAUCACCGAGUGCGUGUUGAAUCACAACUUGCACAAAAAUCAGGGACAGUGUCUUAUCAAUGUCGGCGGGGACGUCGUCUACGUCUCGUAUUUUACCGAGGAUCAUUAAGAAAAACGCGAAUUUUACUGCGACUCUCUCGAAUAUUAAUUAAUUCCUAAAAUGUUAUUACCUCAAACAUCCAGUUCGAAUUACAGUAUGUACUUACACUUUGGAAUGUUCAUAACUUAUUUUAUUUGAGCCGUAAUGUUUAGAAAUAGAAAAUAUUAUAUAUUUUUCUAUCACUAUCAUGAAUUGUGAUUGUUACGCUAUUUUUCUUGUCGAUUUUGUCCAAUAAUUACGAAAUAAAUAUUUUAAAGGUUAAAUAAACAAA